AUCACCAUGGCUGCAGUGGAUCGUUUCUCCCUCUUGUACAGCGAAAUCAGUCGUUCCUGCAGUUUUUACAUGGAGGCCCUGGCUAUCGUGGGAGCCUGGUACACAGUCAGGAAAUGUGUGUCCUUGGCCUUUGACACUUACAGCAUGCUCAGGUUGCAUGUCAUUCCAAAGCUGGGCGGCGAGGUGGAUCUCAUCAAACAGUAUGGAAGAUGGGCUGUGGUCACUGGUAGCACGGAUGGGAUUGGGAAGGCGUAUGCAGCAGAACUGGCAAAGCGCGGGGUCAACGUCAUCUUGAUCAGCCGAAACAAGGAGAAGCUGGAGGCUGUGUCCAGGAGCAUAGCUGAAACAUACAAGGUGGAAACAGAUUACAUAGUAGCCGAUUUCAGCAAGGGGCGUGAGCCUUACCCAGCCAUUAAGGAGGCUCUGAAAGACAGAGAAAUUGGGAUUUUGGUGAAUAAUGUCGGAAUGUUUUAUACCUACCCAGACUAUUUUACUAAUCUGUCUGAGGAUACACUGUGGGACAUAAUCCAUGUAAAUAUUGCUUCUGCUAACAUGAUGACACAUAUUGUGCUGCCAGGCAUGGUAAAGAAGAAGAAAGGGGCAAUUGUGAACAUUUCUUCUGCAGCUUGUUGUCAGCCAACACCAAUGAUGACAAUCUAUGGAGCCUCCAAAACCUACUUGGACUAUUUCAGUAGAGCACUACAUUAUGAGUAUGCCUCAAAAGGAAUUUUUGUUCAGAGUUUAACCCCAUUCGUAAUUGCUACAAAAAUGGCAGCAUUCAACAUAACUGCAUCAAAGAGAUCUUUUGUUUUUCCUUCUGCUGAAGAAUAUGCAAGUCAUGCUAUUUCCACUCUUGGGUUAUCCACAAGGACCACUGGUUACUGGAAACAUGCAAUAGGGUUCACGCUGGGUAAGCACAUGCCUGAAUGGAUCUGGGCAUGGUUUGCAAUGUAUUUCUGCAGAAUCACACGCAAGCAAGCUUUGGCAGAGAGAGUGAAAUAG